AUGCCUAUGAUCCUUUUCUACACUAACAAUAAUGGUCGUCGUGGUAACGAUGUCAAAAUAUAUUCUGAUCGGGUUAAGCAAUCCCUAUCGGAUAUCUUGACACAAUAUUAUCCACUAGCCGGAUGUGUUAUCGACGAUGCCUACGUCGAUUGCAAUGACCAAGUCAACAUAUUUGACUGUGGUGGCAUGGCGAUUGGAAUUUGCAUUUCUCACAAAAUUGUCGAUGCUUUCUCAUUCAUCACGUUCCUACAUAGCUGGGUCUCAGUAUCUCGGGGAGAUUGUGAUAUCAAGAACAGUACAAUUAGCCCCCCACUUUUUGAUGUGGCCACCCUCUUCCCACCCAGAAGCAUAUUUGGGUUCAAACCAAGCACUGGGAUCACCAGAGAAAACAUUGUGACCAAAAGGUUUGUUUUUAGUGCUUCUAUGGUUGCUUCUCUUAGGUCAAAGUACACAGAAAAUAAUUCGAAUGAGAGAUACCCGACCCGCAUUGAGGCCCUGAUGGACCCACCACUUCCCGAGUAUCAUAUUGGAAACGUGAGCCGGUUUGCGAUUGCGACGCCGUCGUUUGAUGGGAGCAAGGACACGUGUUAUAGGCUGGUUGGCCAGAUGAGAGAUGCCUUGAAGACGAUCGACAGUGAUUACCUGACUAAGAUGAGAGAUGGCGACGCACACUUGAACUUUUUGAAGCAGGGAGCAGCAGAGCUUAUGAAAGGUGAAGUGGUGUCGUUGAACUUUACUAGCUUGUGCAGGUUCCCGCUUUAUGAAACGGACUUUGGGUGGGGAAAGCCCGUGUGGGUCGGGUCGGCUAGCCUCCCGUUUAAGAAUUUGGUUGUCUUCAUGGAUACCGAGUCCGGUGGUGGGAUUGAAGCAUGGGUUAAUUUGAAGGAGGAAGACAUGGCCAAGUUCCAAGAGGAUGAGCAGCUGCUGGCAUGUACUUAUCAAGCCCAAGAUGCUUAG